AUGAUCACUCGAAACAUACUACGACUAUCAGCAAGGAAUUGGAGUUGUGCCCGGCCAAUCACCACUUUCAUACCCUAUAGGAGGUAUUUCUGCACCAGCGAACCACAACUACUCAGGGGCAGGAACACCAUCCACCAAUUAAACACACAACUGGCCAUGUUCCCGAUCCAACGAAACAACCGAUUACCCUUGCGCACUAUUGUCAUAUUAAUUGCUGCGUCUAGUUCACUCACAAUGUUGUUGUUUGUGGCAGUUCAGUAUAAAAGAUUCCAGGAUGAGAUAUUACCAGAUGGGAAAUCAAGGAAACGAGCGAUAUUUCUCCCAUUAUGGUUUAAUGGCAACAUCUUGUACCAGACAGCGUAUCUGUUCCCACAUGGAUUGAAAUACUUUGACCCGGAAUUCUACGAAUACAUCAUGACAGAAAUCAAUCAACUGACCACAGAUGGAGGAACACAUAACCACCAUGACACCAACGAUGUGGAACAGUUUUGCCGUGUACUACAAGAGAAGAACAUCAAGUAUGCGGUGUUGGAAGGGUUAUCAGCGAAUCGAGAAAUUCGACAAAUAUUUGGUCUUCCCUUGACUGUGGACUCACAUCCAAAUAGUGAUGGUGAGUUUGAGAUAUGGGUGGAGUCCCAAUACCCCAGUGUUUCUGGGUUGCAAAUUGACAUCACGAAAACUGUUGACAGUAGUCACACGCACUCCAGUAAGGUUGAUUUCCGUUGGGUUGUGAAACCCAUCAAUGCGGUGUCGGUGAUCAACAAUGCAAUGACACUGACAGGGUUGGGGUUGGACCGGUUGGAGAGUACAGAGGCCAACAUCAAGACCCAUGAACAAGGGAGUGGGAAAGUACACGAAGUGAAAAUGGACAAAGAGAAAGUGAAUUUGAAUAAACAACGUGAUUACACGAUCCAAUUUCGUGGCAAGUUUAUGGUGUCAGACAAGUCAAUGGUGAGAGUCGGGGUAGUGGAAUAUUACGGGACAAUUGAUUUUGACCAUCUAUUGAUCAAUCGUGGGGUCAAGAUAACCGAUAUGGAUAUGAAACACGAUGGGGUGUUGUAUAAAGUUAUGUGA